AAAGAAUUUUCUCUCCCCUCAAACUUCAACUCGCAGCUGCUCUUAUCCCCUUCCACUUCCUCCCGCCUCCGGAGUUUUGAUUGACUCCUCGAGUCCUCGUCCUCCUCUUAAAAAUCCUUCAACGAAACCCCAAAUUGAUUUUUCUCUCUCCUCAAACUCCAACUCACAGGAGAUCCCGAGCUGCUCUUCCUCCUCUUAAAACCCUAACCACUCUCCUCCAACAAAACCACCACUUCUAGCUGCACACCACCUCUACUUGGCGGCGCCUCUCCUUCUCGGCGGCUGCUAUUCUCGGGGUUGACGACAGUGUAUAGCUUCUGUUCCUCAUGAUCUUCUAACAGACUCAGCUGCACCACCUCCAUCCAGCUCUGCUCCAACUGCACCAUCAUCAAUGGGAACAUCUAUGCAGGAUGUCAAGUCAGGAAAGUUGAGUUCUGGAAUGCCUGGAGUUUCUGCUCACAUUCAGUGUCAAACACCUUAUCGUAAAGGGUUUAAUAAGAACCAAGUUCUGUUAAAGUCGAGCAAUUCUGGAUGGGAUACUCGUGGUGCAAAUGAUAAUCUAGUGAUUAGUUUCUCAGAUGACGAUGAUAGUGGUAGUGAUGUCGAAGAAAGAAGAAGAGGAAAGGCAUCAUCAUGUGAUAGACCCCCUCUUGUGCUAAACAGCAACAGAAAACCGCCUGCUUUGCCACAUGUAACAAUGAAGACUGUAAGCAGGACUGCUAAAAAUGAAGGGAAGCUAAUGCCCCAGAAGGUGUCUUCUAGUCGUCCUUAUACUUCAUCGAUGGCCAAAAUCCCUGAAUCCAAUGCGAGAAGUGGUGUGUCUGCAUUAGCUGAACAGAAAUCUUACUUGAAGAAUUCCACUGUAACUGGAAGAGGUUUAUCAAGCCAGGAUCCUGGAUGCAGCAAAAACUUGGACAUGAGCAGUAGCAAACUUGAAGACUUGCGCCAGCAGAUCGCCGAACGGGAAAAUGAACUGAAGCUUAAACUGGUGCAACAAAAUAAGGAAAAUGUCUCUGAGCCAUGUAAGGAGGCCAAUACCAUGGGCCACAAAAAAGUCCCAUCAAGGAAAUGUAAAUCAGUACCUUACAAUGUACAGAAUCAACCUAAGGAGCCUGAUAGGAAACGCUUAAAAACGGAUGCUCCAGGUGUGACUGUUAAUUGUAGUUUGUCAGACUGGAUCCCAUUGCCAAAGCAAACUGCAUCGAUCAUUAACGCUACUCCUACAGAUCCCCUAGAAAUACCAAUGUCAAAGCAUCCAGGUGGGAUAAGUAAGAAUCAACCGUCAAGAUCUGCCCCAAACCAAGAUAUACAUGAAAGCGAUAAGAACAAGGUCAAUGAUUAUUGUGAUGCUACAUCUUCUCUUAAGAAAGUCAAGUCAACUUUUGAUAGUAGCUUGCAGGGUCGCUCUUUACAAGUGUUAAAUAGCAAGUUUGAGACUCCUGAUGUGCUUCCGGACAAAUCUAGUCUCUUACUCUGUGUUGGAAAGUCUCAAGCCUUCAAAAGUGGUGAUGUUGAUCUACAGCGUCUGUUCGAACUUGAGGAAUUACAUGAUAAGGAGCUAGAAGAAGCACAAGAGCACAGGUGGAAAUGUGAAGUUGAUGAAAGAAAUGCCCUUAAGGUUUACCGUAGAGCCCAGAGAGCACUGCUUGAGGCUAAUUCUCGUUGCACUUAUCUUUAUCGCAAAAGGGAACAAUAUUCUGCGCAGCUUCGUUCUUGUCUGAUGGAGGAUUCAAGUUUAUUAUACUCUUCUAAGCAGCAUCAUGAAACUGAAGAGAAAUGGAAUUUAGCAAACAAUAUUUCUGAAGUUAAUUUGGAUUUAAUUCCGUCUAGCCAUCAAUUAGAUGACUUCGAACUUGGUAACGGAUUGGGUUAUGAUUCAAAUGUCCAAAGUGCGGAUGGUGAUGCACACAAUAGAUCUUCUGCCAAUGAGGAUGGACACAACUUAGGUUCUGAAGCAUGCAGUGAACCUGAUGCUAGCACGUCAGAUCUUGUUCGUGUAAAUAAUAUUGCUGACAAUCGCUUAUGUUCACCAUCUGGUGAUCGCAAUUUGUCCCUUGAUGAUGAUUAUGAAACCUUUCCUCCGGACCACGGAUCUCUCAAUACCAACUUGACAGGUCCAAGAUCCAAGGACGAUACGAAAAAAAGUGAUAAGGAUAUAGAUGUGGACUCCCCUACAAUCUUCUCAACAGAUGGUUCCCAGGAUCCAUUAUUUCUUGAAGAAUAUCUGAGAUCCAAAUUGAUUUCAAGGCUAGGGGUGAGUUCCGUAAAACGUAAUGGCAUUGGUGAUAACUGUGAAUCAUCAGUGGGUAGGGCUGCUGAGGAAGGGUUCGCUGAUGCAAAGACUCGGAUGAUAGUGCAGAGUGUCUCACUUUCUAAUCCUAAUAUCUCUGCAGCUGACUAUAGAGAUGUUUCCAAGGAGCCCAAAGGUAGCAUAUCUAAGCCUCUAUUAAACACUCAAAACCAACAAGUUGAAGAGCAUUGCUUAAAUGAUUCUCCUGCUCGCAGUUUUAAUCACGAAGAAUGCAGCUUUCUUUCCGUAGAUGUUGCAUCAAUAUCAGUUGUUUCAUUAUCCUCUAUAUUUAAGAGUGCCAUGAAGGCUGCCAGUCCAGUCAUUUUGACCAGUAUUCUGAGUAAAGAAUAUCAGUAUAGCUUCUCUGAUACACGCACUACAAAUAACUUGCUUCUCAGACAAAAUCAAGACAAGUUACACUUGGAGAUGACAAGCUCUGCUGAACAGCUUGUAACAUGCAUGGGUUUUGGUAAGAUCGACUCAUAUACCAGCAAGUCAGCAAUUAAUCCCUUUUGGCCUUUGUGUAUGUAUGAACUUCGAGGAAGAUGCAACAAUGAUGAAUGUCCUUGGCAGCAUGCAAAAGAUUAUUCCGAUAGUGAUGACUCCCGGUCACACUGGGCAUCAAAUUGUCAGAACCCGACGGAUCAGACCGAAUUUUCUUGUGAAUUGACCCCUCCAAGAUAUCUGGUCUGCUUAGAUAGUUUGAAGGACGAGUCUCAUGGUUCUCAUAAAGCUCGUGAUUUUGGGUCGUCUGGGAAAAAUAUUUUCAGCCAUUCUUUGGCUCUUUCAAGUUCACUUGUAAAACACCUUCCUUCGGAUGACCCUUGCUUGCAUGGAAAUGAUGGUUGUGUUGAAUCUUAUGGUGGCAGUGGGCACUCAUUGUAUUUUCAAAGUAGAAAUGGCACUGGGAAUCCACUGCGAAAUGGUUUGGCUGAUAAUGAUCAAUCCCUAGAAAUGGCCCUUAUUAUAUUGAGUCAGGAGGUGAACAAAAUUGAGGGUAUGAAAAAGGCUCUUUCUAUGCUUUCUCGAGCUCUGGAAGCUGAUUCUUCAUCCUUACCUAUCUGGAUCAUUUAUCUGCUCCUGUUUUACUCUACUAAGCACUCUGAUGGGGUGCUCAGCAAAAAGAGUUCAGUUCCGGAGGAUGACUUUUUCUCUCAUGCUGUCAAGCACAGUGAGGUGUCAUAUGAGUUGUGGCUUUUGUAUAUCAACAGCCGUGGACGACUUGAUGAUCGUUUUUCUGCUUAUGAAAGAGCACUCUCCAGGCUGUGCAACUAUGGAUCUGCAAAUCAUGAGCAGUGGAUGCAUAGAAGUGCUGCCAUUUUAGAUCUGUUUAUGCAGAUGAUGUACUGUCUUUGUGUGUCUGGGAAUUCGUCCAACGCCGUCCGGAGGAUCAAAAGACUUGUUCACGCUGAAGGAGAUUUUGAUGAGUCUCAUUCUCUUUUGCUUUCUGAUAUUCUUCAAUGCUUAACGAUAUCUGACAAAUGUAUCUUCUGGGUUUGUUGUGUGUACUUAGUGAUCUACAGGAAACUGCCUGAUUCACUGGUGCAGCAGUUUGAAUUUGAGAAAGAUAUUUCUUUGAUACAGUGGCCGUCUGCCCAGUUAACAGUUGAAGAAAAGCAGGACGUGUCUAGGCUGAUGGAAAUGGCUAUAGAUUCUGUUGGACUGAAUAACAGCAAAUCUCUUGAAAGUAAUAUGCUUAAAUCUGCCCAUAUGCUGGCAAUUAACCACAUUAAGCUUAUGGCAGCUAUAGAUGGUGUGGAAAAUUGUAAGAUGUUUAUAGAGAAGUACAGAAACACAUAUUCGUCAUGCUUAGAAUUCAUUCUAUUAUCAGCCAGAGUUCAUGUUGAUGAGAGUUCAAGUUUAGAAAAGUUUGAGGGAAUAGUUAGCAGUUGGCCUAAAAAUGUUUCUGGAAGUCAGUGCAUCUGGAAUCAAUUUGCCGAAUAUGCACUUGAGAAAGGCAGACCUGGUAGAGCAAAAGAAAUUAUGGACCAAUGGUUUCACUCAGCUAGGGUCCCUUUGCUGUUUCAUAAUGGUUCAGUUGAUGGUGAGAUUGGUGACGAUAAGAGCAUAUCGGAAGAUCCUCCGCCGGGAUCGAAUUUGAGUACUCUUGUGUCCAAUUAUAGCAAUUUGGAUCUUGUAUUUGGGCUAUUGAAUUUGUCUCUGUAUAAUUUAUUCCAGAAUGACGUACUUGAAGCUCACAACGCAGUUGAUAAAGCUCUGAAGGUUGCUGAUGCCGAUGUGUUUAGACAUUGUGUUAAGGAGCAUGCAACAUUUUUGUUCAACAAUGGAUCUGAGUUGAUGAAGGAUCUCUCUCUUUGUGAAUUGAUUAACAUUCUAAAAGGCUAUACCAAUCAUGCUCAGGCUAUUCCUGUCUUGGAACCAUUGACCAGAAAAUUCAUUCAAGAUAUCAGAAAACCUAGAACAAGGCAGCUUGUUCGUAACAUGCUGAGUCCAAUUUCUCCUGAUUCAAUUUUGGUCAAUUCUGUUCUUGAGGUUUGGUUCGGUUUAUCUCUCUUGCCUCCGAAAUUUGAUCAGCUAAAAGAUAUGGUGGACUUUGUUGAAGCAAUUCUUGAAGUUUCACCUGCCAACUAUCAGCUUGUGAUUUCUGUUUGUAAGUUGGUUUGCAGAGAUUUUGAUUCCAGCAAUAACAAAUCUGCAAGUGUAUUGUUCUGGGCAAGUUCAUUACUAGUUAACACCAUCUAUCACACUUUCCCAUUCCCACCAGAGCAUGUGGUGGUGGAAGCUGCAGAUUUGUUGAGUAAACUAACAAGUGUGCAGGAAAUCUGUGAGAGUUUCCAUCAAAGAGCCUUGUUAGUCUAUCCAUUUUCCAUCAAGUUAUGGAAGUCCUUUCUUAACCUGACAACUGCGGCCAGCAAGAGGGUCUCUGUUGUUGAAGCAGCUCGAGAAAAGGGUUUAGAACUUGAGUAGUAUCACUUCACAAAGUAUAGGAAGCAGCGCAUUGACACAACAAUAGAAACAUCUGAAAAAUUUCACAAGCUGCAUAAAUUUUUGAGUAAAUUAGGCAUGUUGAAACAUGUAUAGACAGGAAUAGAAUGUUGUAAAUGAUUUUUGGCAGUGUAGAGAUUUUAACAGGCAGGGAAGGAUACAGUAAUACACAGCAGCAAGGGAAAACGCAAGUGUUUACCUUACAGUAAGUCAGGGUCUGAGGGGAUUCAGCUUAGCUUAGAUUGAGUUGGAUUGUUGUAAAUAGUACCUUUUUUUUCAACAGUGUUACUUUUUGGAAUUAUUUUUGCUAGUUUCUUCAGAGUUGGUGUUUAAUGUAAAUGCACAACUAUUCUAUCA